AUGGAGCAGGGCGGCAAGACGGCCCACGGGUGGGCUGCCAGGGAUGCCUCCGGCCUCCUCUCCCCUUACAGCUUCUCAAGGUGGGUUCAGGGGGACGGCGACGUCACGAUCAAGGUGCUCUUCUGCGGCAUCUGCCACACUGACCUCCACGUCAUCAAGAACGAGUGGGGCAACGCCAUGUACCCCGUCGUCCCAGGAUCGAUUUCUAAUCAUCUAACGGUGUGCAUGUCAACGCAGGCAGGCAUGAGGUCGUCGGCGUCGACGGGCGUCGGCCAUGGCGUGACCAAGUUCAAGGCCCGGGACACGGUGGGCGUGGGCUACUUCGUCGACUCCUGCCGCGCCUGCGAGAGCUGCAGCACGGGGCACGAGAACUACUGCCCCCAGCUCGUGCUCACCUCCAACGGCGUGGACCACCACCACGACGGCGCGACCACCAAGGGGGGCUUCUCCGACGUGCUCGUCGUCAGCCAGGACUUCGUCGUCCGGGUCCCAGAGAGCCUGCCUCUGGACGGCGCCGCGCCGCUGCUCUGUGCCGGAGUCACGGUGUACAGCCCGAUGGUGCAGUACGCGCUCAACGACAACGAGCCGGGCAAGCACCUUGGCGUCGUCGGUCUCGGGGGCCUAGGCCACAUGGCCGUCAAGUUUGCGAAGGCGUUCGGCAUGAAGGUCACCGUCAUCGGCUCGUCGCCUGGCAAGCGCGAGGAGGCGCUCGGACGCCUUGCUGCCGACGAGUUCUUGGUCAGCCAGUAG